ACUCCUCUGCUAACCCAACUCCUAUUUUGGUCCUCUCCCCACCUUCCCGUCUUCAUCAUGAAGUGUUUGGUGCUGUUGGCGCUGGUUGGUCUGGCGAGCUGCCGCACCGCUCUUAUCGGAGGGGACAACGCCCGUGACGUGACCAUCCUAUACUCUUACAUAGAUGACACUGGGAAGGAGGUGGAGGUAGAGGUGGAAGCAGAUCAGCUGGGGUUGACACUUAAUAAGGCUGCUCCUCCACCCGCCUUGAGGAAGACUGCCCCCACACCAGCUGCCACUCCCGCCCCUCUCAUCGAGACCCGCUAUGUUCAGGUGGCUGCCAACCCCGUCCCUACACCCAAGCCCAGGGAGGUCAUCCAAUAUAUCCUUCUUGAUGAUGAUGUUGAUAUCAUAGAGAUGAAACAAGUCAUUCCCGCUGCACCUCCUGCUGUUCGCAAGACUAUGGCCGCCCCACCUGCUGUCCCCAUGACAAUGGCCGCCCCUCCUGCUCAGCCUCUUCCUGCUGUCCCUAUGACAAUGGCAGCACCUCUUGCUCAGCCCCUUCCUGCUGUCCCUAUGACAAUGGCCGCCCCUCCAGCUCAGCCCCUUGCAGCUGUCCGCAAGACCAUGGCCGCCAUCGAUCCUCUUCCUUUAAGACCCACCACCAACAUCCUUGAGGACAGCGAUGAGGACUAAACAAGACAUUUCUGGUCCCAUUAUUGGGUGUCCACAGUAAGUGUCACUCGUGAGUCUAGAGUCACCGUCAUACUGGUCGUUUAAUAAAAAUAU